AUGGCUACUUCCCACCCCAACGCUGAAAUCAUCGCCAUUAACAAGAGCUGCCCUUUAAUUGACCAUAAAAUAAACAUCUGCCCUUUAAUCCCCUCCUCCUCCGGCGACCCUUGCCUUGAUCUCUUUUCCAACUCCCUCAGAGCAUUUACCGCAGUUACUAACCCCUGCCUUAAAUAUCUGGAGCAAGUGCUUCCCUUGGCCUGGUCCGACAACCCCCUUACCACCCUCAAGCUUAUCUUCAGCGCCGAGUAUAAGUAUUUUUCUUACAAAAAGUUCGACACGGCCAUCUAUUGGCUCCACCAGAACCGCCCCAAGACUCUGCUUAGAAACCUCCACUCUAUUGCCAACUUGCCCAAGGUUCGCAGAUUGGAUAUCCUUGUCCAAAUUCUGCACGUCAUUGUGGUUGAGAAUCGAGGCGGCGGCCUAUACGACAACUCUGCUGCGAGUCUGCAUCUUCAUCCUGAGAGGUAUGACCGUGACCCCGAUUAUAGUUUGUUACACGACCGGGUUGUAGAUAUUUUCGUGGAGCAUUUGAAGUCUGAGAUGGACAAAAUGAAGCAGCACAAGCUGAAACUGACGCCAGCUGAUUACUUAACUGAUGGUGACAACGAGGAAGAGGAAGAGGAAGAGGAAGAGGAAGAGGAAGAAGAAGACGACGACGAUGAUUAUUAUGAUGAUGACGAUGACGGGGAAGAUUAUUAUCCUAAUCUUUUUGUAUCUGCUGCAGUGUGUUGUACUAACAACGACGAGAACUAUGAUGACCUCACCGAAGUCAUUUUUCUGCGUGAAAGCAUUGCGAGGAGGCUUUGCCCGCCAGAAUCAGAUCAAUCAGAAGCGUGGGAACGGCUAAAGAAGUAG